ACGGUGCGUAUAGGGUUCGCCUCCCACAUUCUAAAACCCUAGACUAUACCCCAAAAUUCACUUGUCUUUUUUCUUACACUCAAGAACAAAAUCGCAGGAGUGAAGAGGUUGGUUUUGAGGUAGAGAUAGAAAAAAAGGAUGCUUGUUUUGUUCGAGACACCGGCGGGGUUUGCCCUGUUUAAAGUAUUGGAUGAAGGGAAACUAUCUAAAGUUGAGGACUUGUCGAAAGAGUUUGCCACAGCGGAUUCUGCGAGAAAGGUUGUCAAGUUGAAAGCUUUUUCGAAGUUUGAGAAUACGUCGGAGGCUUUGGAAGCAGCGACAAAGAUUAUUGAAGGAACAGCUAGCAAAGGUCUGCGGAAGUUCUUGCGUGGACAUUGUGAUGGUGAAAUCUUAGCCGUGGCCGAUUCAAAGCUUGGAAAUGCAAUCAAGGAAAAACUGAAAAUAGACUGCGUUCAUAGCAAUGCUGUCAUGGAAUUGAUGAGGGGUGUUAGGAGUCAGUUGACUGAACUUAUAUCUGGUCUCGGUGCUCAAGAUUUGGCUCCAAUGAGCUUGGGUUUAUCUCAUAGUCUGUCUAGGUACAAACUGAAGUUCAGCCCUGACAAGGUUGACACAAUGAUUAUUCAAGCUAUUGGAUUGCUUGAUGAUCUUGAUAAGGAGCUAAACACAUAUGCAAUGAGAGUUAGGGAAUGGUAUGGUUGGCAUUUUCCUGAACUUGCUAAGAUUGUACAAGACAACAUCCAGUAUGCCAAAGCGGUGAAGUUGAUGGGUAGCCGUGAUAAUUCUGCCAAGCUUGAUUUCUCCGAGAUACUCUCAGAAGAAAUUGAGACUGAACUUAAGGAAGCAGCUUUGAUAUCCAUGGGAACUGAAGUUAGUGAAGUUGAUUUGAUGAACAUCCGAGAACUUUGUGACCAGGUUUUAUCUCUAUCUGAGUACAGAGCUCAGCUGUAUGAUUAUCUAAAAAGCAGGAUGAACAGCAUUGCACCGAAUUUGACUGCUCUCGUUGGAGAGCUUGUUGGUGCUCGUCUAAUUGCUCAUGGAGGCAGCUUGAUAAAUCUUGCAAAGCAGCCUGGGAGCACAGUUCAAAUUCUUGGGGCUGAAAAGGCUCUUUUCAGAGCUUUAAAGACAAAGCAUCCAACUCCCAAGUACGGUCUUAUUUUCCAUGCAUCUUUGGUUGGCCAAGCCGCUCCAAAGACAAAAGGGAAAAUUUCAAGGUCACUUGCUGCUAAAACAGUACUGGCAAUUCGUUACGAUGCUCUCGGAGAUGGCGAAGAUAGCUCUCUAGGACUGGAAAGCCGAAUCAAGCUGGAAGCACGGUUAAGGAGUCUUGAAGGGAGAGAAUUGAGUCGGUCCGCUGGAUCUGCUAAAGGCAAACCAAAGAUAGAAGCUUAUGACAAGGACCGGAAGAAGGGAGCUGGCGGAUUGAUAACUCCUGCUAAGACUUAUAAUCCCUCUACCGAUGCUAUACUUGGACUAACACCAAACUCCACGGCUGGUAAUGGGGAAGAAUUUGUCCCGAAGAAGAGAAAGACAGAUGAUGAAUCUCUUACUGAUGGAGUAGCAGAAGUUGCUCCAACUACCGGUGAGCAGAAGAAAGAUAAGAAGAAGAAAAAAAAGAAAAACGAUGAAGAGGAGACUCCGGUGCCAAGUGGUGGAAAUGGAACUGCAGAGCAGGAAGAUGAGGGGGAAGCAAAGAAAGAAAAGAAGAAAAAGAAGAAACAUAAAGCGGAUGAAAAUGAUGCGGAAAAUGCUGAUGCAGGAAAAAAGAAGACGAAGAAGCGAAAAAAUUCCGAACAAGCCGAAGAAGAAUCCGAAAUGCCAAGCAAGAAGAAAGAAAAGAAGAAGAGAAAAAGUGAGGCAUAAGAAAUUCUGGUGUGAGGUUACAGGAUCUAGGCUGUAACUCCAUACUGGUCUACUGUAUAAUUUUGUUUCAUUUUUUGUUUAGUUUAUUGUAUUGUCUCUAAUUAAUUAUGGACAUGAUAAUGAGCUGUUUUGUCAGAAUUGGACAUACUGCGGAAAAUUACAUUAGCAAUUUAUUUGCAUGCUAUGCUGCGACCAAUUCAAGUUUGAGUGAUUAUUCCUUUUCUAUUUUUUCUCA